CCCUAGUCAGAAUCAGAGUGAGACUCCAGUACUCCCCAGUCUCUCUAUAUAGUGAGUGUAAAGAGUAUUUUAUCUUAGCCUCCAUAAGGGUACACAACUAGAAGAACACCCAUGCUAGGAGGCACCUACAUGGGGUUGCUGGCUACAGCAGCCCUACUCUCUCUGCUACAGGACGGGUCUUACGGAAGUGUUGAGGGUGACAGAUCAUCAGUUACAAUGAGAGAUGCAGGUAUGAGAGAUGCAGCAGGGACCUGCACUGUCCACAGCAACUUCCACUACAGCACCUUUGACUGGGCCAACUUCCGCUUCGUUGUCCCCUGUACCUACGUCCUGGCCCGGCUGUGCUCGUCCUCUGAGACCCCCCUGUCCCACUUCAGUGUGGAGGUGAAGAACGAGCAGCGAGGAAACUCCUCUGUAUCUCCUGUUCUGCAGGUCAAUGUGGAGGUGGAGAACCUCAGGGUCUCCCUGCACAAGAGACAGAACCACCGGGUCAUGGUCAACGGCAUUUGGAAGAACCUCCCCCUGAGCCUCAAUGGUGGCACCAUCAACAUCCGAGGAAAUGCGGCUUCCGUCGUCCUGGAGACUAACUUCAACCUUUUUGUAUCCUAUGAUGACUCCUGUGCCGUGCAUAUCACCGUCCCCGCCUCGUAUUCCGGUAAAGUCUGCGGCAUGUGCGGGAACUUCAACCACCUGAAAGACGAUGAUUACCACACGGCUGACGGUUCUGAGGCUUCAACCGCUGCCACGUUCGGCCAGAGCUGGCAGAGCCAGAAGGCCUGUCAGUCAACCGUUGUCCCCAAUGAGUGUCCCCCUAUGGAGGAGGCAGAGUACGCUAGCGAGCCCUACUGUGGGUCCCUGGUCUCCAGGCACGGGCCCUUCGCAGAAUGCCAGUCUGUCCUUGGAGCCGAGAGCUACUUCCGGAGCUGUGUGGCGGGGAUGUGUGGAGCAGGUGGUGGCCUGGAGGUGCUGUGUGAGGCCCUGCAGUCCUAUGCUGAUAUGUGCCUCAAGGCCGGGGGGCCUGUACCUGCCUGGAGGAACUCGACUAUGUGUCCCCUGGAGUGUGGAGCGAACAGCCAUUACAACGCCUGUGCCGAGGGCUGCCCUGAGGCCUGCUCCGCCAUGGACACCCAAGGGGCGUGUGGAAGCUGUGAGGAAAGGUGUGAGUGCAACCCUGGCUUCAAGCUCAGUGGGGGGACGUGUGUCUCUGUAGAGGACUGUGGCUGCUGGAUGAAUGGAGUGCACUAUGAGAAAGGAGCGACGUUCAUGGACGGUGAAUGUGAUCGUGUGUGCCAGUGUAUGGGCGGGGGCGGACUCCAGUGUUCUGCUUCCUCCUGCGCGGACGACGAGGUGUGCAAGGUCAAAGAGGGGGUCAAGGGUUGCUUCCCCUCCAGCCCGGCCAUCUGCCGCGUCUACGGAGACCCCCACUACAUCACCUUUGACGGCAAGGCAUACACCUUCCAGGGGGGCUGCAGCUACACCCUGGCCAAGACGUGCGGCGGACACACACCCAUCCAGUUCUCAGUGACGGGCCAGAACUGGAACCCGGGGAGCGAGAGCAGUGCUAAGCUGGCCGCAGUGGUUCUGGAGACCAAGGGUCUGCAUUUGAAGAUAGAUAACUACAGUGUUACAGUGAACCAUGUUUGGCAGAGUCUUCCUAUUGCAGUAAACGGCUCAUACGGUGAGGUGAAGCUGUACAAGAAGAAGCAGUACACUGUCAUGGAGACGACCUUUGGCCUCCAGAUGCUGCUGGACGAUCAUCACAGGCUCUUCCUGCAGCUGGACGAGCGCUACAAGGGUGAGAUGUGCGGCCUCUGUGGUACCUACUCCAACGACCAGGGGGAUGACUUCCUGACCCCAAACGGCACCAAACCCGAGACCAAUGAGGUCACGUUCGCCAACAGCUGGAGAGUGAAGAGUCCGGAGGACGAUCGCUGUGUUGCUUCCCCACCUGCCCCCCAACCAUGUGACUCCCAUUUGGACAACCAGGGCUACCAGGAGUGUUCCAAGCUGCUGCGUGACACUUUCAAGCCCUGCCACCCAUUUGUCCACCCCACAUCCUACAUAGACAGCUGUAUGUCUGACCACUGUGCCUCCGGCGGGGACAUGCAUGUGACAUGCUACUCCCUGAAGUCCUACGUGACCGCCUGUCAGGUGGCCAGUGUUACCUUGCCCCCCUGGUUUAAUGACACCGCCUGUGAUAGCCUACCUGGCCCUCCCACAAAACCACCAGUUACUACACCUGACAAUACAUUUUGUCCUCUAGACUGCAACUUUGACAACAGCGAGUGUGGGUGGGAGCAAAUUGUUCAGGACAGUUUUGAUUGGAGAAGACAGAGAGGCCCAACCCCGUCUGACCUCACAGGGCCAACCCAGGACCAUACCACAGGAGGUGGCUCCUACAUGUACAUUGAGGGCAAUGGUGUGUACUACGGAGACUCUGCCCGUAUGAUAAGCCCUAAGUGCCAAAAAGGGGCUACAAAAUACUGCCUGCGCUUCUGGUACCACAUGUACGGACAGGCCAAGGCCAUGAUUCUCAAUGUCUACCAGCUUGAUGAGCACAACAAACACAGGAAACUGUGGUCGAAAGCCAAUAACCAGGGCUCCACAUGGUAUCCUGCAAAAGUGGAUAUCAAUAUCGAUGGGUCAUUUCAGAUCAUCAUGGAGGGAAUCCGAGGCUCUGACCCCCAGUCUGAUGUGGCAUUUGACGACAUCUCCAUCCAUUAUGGAUCAUGUUCAGCAGGUUCCUCAACAGGUGUUGUUGGUGGACCUUCAGUUCCUCCCACAGUUAAAGAAGGAUCAUUUGUCCCACACCCAGUCUGCAACUUCGAUUGCACUUUCGAUGAGGACCUCUGCAGUUUUACCCAGCUGAUGACGGAUUCCUUUGAUUGGACAAGGCACAGUGGCUCCACCCCCACUGUGAUGACUGGGCCAUCAGCUGACCACACUAAAGGAGAAGACGGUUACUACUUGUACAUCGAAGCCAGCAAUGUGUCUAACGGAGACACGGCUCGCCUCCUCAGCUCUGAGUGUUCUGACUCCGGUCUUCAGUGUCUGCAGUUCUGGUACCACAUGUCCGGUUCAGCGGAAACUAUGGGCCUGCACGUCUACAUACUCCAGGACCGCAGCGCCGACAGGGUAUGGUUGAAGAAGAACAACCAAGGAGACUGCUGGCAACUAGCCCAGGUGGAUCUCAGGACCACUGGACCUUUCCAGAUCAUCUUCGAGGGCCGAAGAGGCACCACUGAUCAAUCUGAUGUGGCUAUAGAUGAUGUUUCUCUGCAUCAUGGACACUGUGAAGAUCUGAUUAAGCCAACAACACCAACCGAGAAUCCUGUGCCAGCAGACAAGUCUACCAUUGCACCAACACCAGCUCCAAUUACCAUGAGACCAGUAACACUAAGACCAACAACUGCUGCACCAGCUCCAACCAACUCAACCAUGCCAUCUAAACCCUCAACAACUGCUAGGCCACAACCACCAACAACUAUGAGACCAGAAACACCAGCACCACCCACAACUGAAAUACCAAGUCCACCAAGACCGACAACUGAAAGACCACAACCCCCAAGACCGACAACUGAAAGACCACAACCCCCAAGACCGACAACUGAAAGACCACAACCCCCAAGACCGACAACUGAAAGACCACAACCCCCAAGACCGACAACUGAAAGACCACAACCCCCAAGACCGACAACUGAAAGACCACAACCCCCAAGACCGACAACUGAAAGACCACAACCCCCAAGACCGACAACUGAAAGACCACAACCCCCAAGACCGACAACUGAAAGACCACAACCCCCAAGACCAACAACUGCAAGACCACAACCGCCCACCACAGCGAGACCAACACCAUUGUGCCCAAACAACAGCCACUUCGCCCCCUGCAUCUCCAACUGCCAGCCCACCUGUGUGCACCUCCACGGCCCACCCGACUGCCACUCUGAUGAGCACUGCAUACAGGGCUGUGUGUGUGACGACGGCUUUGUGCUCAGACAGAGGGUGUGUGUGCCCACUCAGCAGUGCGGCUGUGUGGACAGCAAUGGCAACAGCCAUCACUUUAAAGAGAGCUGGUACACUGAGCACUGCCAUCAGAAGUGUGAAUGUGUUGAAGAUGAUGGUGUGGGGGAGAUUGACUGCAAUAAUGAAUAUGAGUGUGAUGGGGAUGCCAUCUGUCUUCAGAAUGAAGCCGGACUGUAUUUCUGCAAGUCAACAGGCUUCAGUGAGUGCUCUAUCAAUGGAGACUCAGAGUACAAAACCUUUAACAACGAGAAGCAUGACUUUGAGGGCACAAACUCUCAUGUUCUGGUCCAGACCACAGACCUGUCCAAGAACCAGCCAGACAUCUACAUCAAGACCAUCAAUGAGAUCAUCAACCAGGAUGGUGAUGACAGUCAUGGUGACAGUAGCCAAGGUGACAGUAGCCAAGGUGACAGUAGCCAAGGUGACAGUAGUAAUGUUGACAGCAGUGAUGAGGAUGACAAGCAUAAAGACAGCAUGAGAAGGGAGAACAGUGAAGACAAGCAUGAUCGCAGCGAUGAGGACAGUGAUGAAGAUAAAAGUGAGAACAACAACCGUCUGCGACUCAGAGGGCUGAAAAUCAGAGUCUACAACCACAUAGUGGAGUUCAGGAAGAACAGGAAACUUGUUCUGGAUGGUAGGAGCACGCAUGCCCCUGUCUCCCCAGCAAGGGGCCUGAGGAUUCUGGAGAGCUCUUCUCGUAUCUACCUGAAGACAGACUUUGGCCUCUCCGUGGAGUUUGAUGGACACAGCAGAGCAGUAAUCAUCCUGCCCCACACCUACAAGAGGAGAUUGGGAGGCCUGUGUGGCAACGUUGACGGCAAGAAGAAGAAUUACAUGAUGAAGCUGAACGGGAAACAGGCCAAGAUCGUCAAAUAAAUUGGAGAGAGCUGAAGAGUGACGGAGGACGGAUUGAGCAUAACAUGGAGAGGAUCAUCUUCCCUUCGUAACUUUGCUUAUGGCCAGCGACCUGACCUCAAUGCAUCAAGAGCAUUGAAUUUUUUUUUUUUAUUUUCUUCUCAUAGACAGACACAUUCCUUCCUACAAUGGACACAGUGAAUUUUAAAGCACUUGGGUUAAAAAAGGGGGGUUUUGUGGACUAUGGAUCAAUAAAGUGUUCUACUUCUUCCA